GAAAUUAAAUUUAGGGAGAGAAUAUGGGUUAGUGAUUUAUUUCCUUCACUUUUCAAAAAUAAUCAAAUUAAGUCUUGUGAAAAAUUGAAUAAUAAUGGAAAAAUGGAAAUAAAAAAUGAUGAAGGACUGAAAACGGGGGAAGCCCUCAACAUACUUUAUGUUGAAAUAUCUACUUUACUACAUCAAUAUGAAACAUCACAACAUUGGAGGAAAUCCAAAUCUUGGGUUAGAGAUGCUCUUCACUUCAAAAGUCAACGUACCACAGUUAACAUAAUAUCAAUAAUUUUUGGAGUAUGGACAGCUAUAUCACUGCUGAUUGGAUAUUUGUUAGAAGGUGAUAAUGUGGCAGGAUAUGAAGCUAUACCAAUUUUAUUUUUAAUUUUGAUGAAUGUCACUCUUGAACUCUAUGACAAUAAACUCCGACACAAUGAAAUUCCCAAUAGAAUAAGGUCUUUUUUGGAGAAGUUGAAAAAAGAACGGAAUAAUAUCAAGUGGACUUCUGAAAAUUACCCUGACUUAUAUUCACCUAUCUCACCAUGUAUUACCUUACAUUGGACAUAUCGGGAUGGACAACUAGUCAACUUACCUUGGGCAUUGUUAGUGAAAGAUGACAUAGUUUUAAUGAGACCAGGUCAAGCAAGUCCUGGGUAUUGUGAAUGUCUUGACAAACACUCCGAAAUUCCUAUUUUGCAUGCCAAGGAAAUAUACGCUCCAUUACUUCAAAAUGCAAAUGAAAUCUUCAGUGCUCCAAAAUCUCGUAAACCAUUAGAGCCGAAGAAGUACCGACUUCUAGAAACUCCAUACCUGAACAAUUUGAAAAUCUUUCUGGAACAAGCUUUGGACAGACCUGUCACACUAUUGAAUCAUCAAAGGCAUUUAGUAACUAUAAAAAUUGUGGAGCAAGUGAUGUUACCAUUUACUUUCAUUUCAGUGUUAUUCGUAAAUUUGUUUCGAUAUUUUUAUUUCCACAAAUACUUCGGCCGAUAUUUGGUUUCAAAUACUCUUUUCAUCGUCCCAUGUAAUGUAGUUUUGCCGUUGUUACCAAUGAUUUUUCCUCUAUUCUGGAAUUUGGUGAACUACUUCGGAAUAGCAAGGUUUAAAGCUAUUUUUGAUGGCACCAUUGCACUUGGAAUGCAACGUAGUCAACUGGAAGAAGAUGCAGAUAAUAUCACUGAAUAUCAAAAUGAGAUAAAAAUCAACAGAAAUGAAGUUUAUUCAAAUUUUAUGAAAAUUAUUAAAGGAAAACCUGAAAUUUUGACCAGAUCUACUAAUAUCUUGCACGUUCUUGGAUCGGUUAGCGCAUUAGGAUGUAUUGAUAAAAAAGGAAUAUUAUCAUGGCCUAAUCCAACUGCUGAGAAAGUAUUUUUUCUGCAUAAUCAAAGUAAUGAGUCACUCUCUUCAAGUUUGGAUAAUGUAAAUGAUUUGUCAACUGAUAUCGACCCCGUCUGUCCUAAUAUUCUCCCAGAGAGUGCCAGAAGUGCAGUCACAGAAGUGCUUGAUCUUACUCAUAAACACAACGAACCAUUCAAGUUAUAUUUUGAUGAUCAGGACUGGAGUAAAUAUUUAUCAUCAUUGAAACCUCUAGGGCUUGCUAUUUUAUUGAACACCUGUAAUGUAGAUACGCAGAAACAUUAUACAUCAUUUUGUUCCCAUAUAACGUGUGAAGCCAUGUACAAUGAAAACUUGGUGCCUGUAACCAACAGGAGAUGCCUCUGUGAGUUAGCUAAGGAAAUAGGAUUUGUAGACCAAGCUCAGAAAAUAUUUUCUUUGGAAGAACAACUAUCAGCUUUUCGACAUUUGCAAACCGAAAUGGUUAGGAAAGACAAUAAGUUCGUUCGUUCUCUACAAUUAUCAACAAAACUGAAAUUUCCUUUUCCUCACAUGUUUGCUGUUGUUGUCAAAGAACUUGCUUCUGGUAAUAUGCAACUACUAUCCGAAGGGACUGCUGAUAUCAUUCUAGAUUCUUGUGUUGAGUAUUGGGAUGGAAAGGAUUUGAUACCUUUGACAAAUUCUGAUCGGAAGAGAAUAAAAGAUUUUUACCAAAGAAGUAGUCUAACGGCAUAUUGCACUGCAUUUGCCUACAGGCCUCUGACGAAGUCAAUCGAUAGUAAAAUGAGCGAAGUUUAUUUAGAACUGCCAAGUGAUUCUAGAAGCUUGUAUCACAACCAUAGAAGUCCAACGCCAGCCCAUUGGGACUGCAAAAGUGUAUUGGAACCUAAAAUAAAAUCGUGUUCUCAGUUUUAUAGUACAGAUUCACUUUUGUAUAAUAACUAUCCCUCUGGUAAUGUGUCAGAUGCUGAAAGCUGUUUUCAGAUGCAAUGUAGUCAGAUUUUCAUCGGAAUGGUAACAAUGCAAUAUCAGGCUUUGACUGACAUGGUUCAAAUGAUAGAACAGCUGGAAAGAGCUUGCAUCAGAUUCGUUCAUUUCAGUAAAGAAAAUGAGCUGAGAUCCAGGGUAUUCAGUGAAAAAAUGGGCUUGGAAAGUGGGUGGAAUUGCCAUAUUUCAUUAUUGAGUGAAAAGAACAGACGAGAAAGUGGUGGACAAACGGAAAAUAGUAGUCCUACGAGAGAUAAACAGAAAUGUUUAUCGCAGGGGAUUAGGAAGAUAUCGAACUCCCCUACUUUUGAUGACAAUUUUUUUCUUCUGGAUAGCAAUUUGGAAUCUUCGAGAACCAUGAGUUUCUCAGCACCAAGCGCCAUCAACAUGGAAUAUUCUGUUGUUAAAUUUGACACAGAAGUUGAAAAAUUCAAUAUCGGAAAGAAGCAGAGCGACCGUAGUGUGGGAAAUGAUUCAACAAGUGAAGAUAGCAUUCCUCUGAAUGCUGAUAGUACCACCCAUGAAUGGCAGUCGUUGAGUAAUCUUACGGAAAGCACCGAGCAAAGUGCACCCAUCAACUUUGAUAUGAGUAAUAGAGCUAAGUUACCAAGAGGUAUUGACAAAAUAAGGCCACAUAUCGAGCAUAUUGAUAAUGUUCCCUUGCUUGUUUCACUUUUCACUGACUGUAAUCCAGAUGUAACAAGACAAAUGUUGAAUAUCAUGCAGGAAUACAAAGAAAUUGUUUGCAUCAUGGGCUCCUCAGAAAAUUGUGAUAAUGCUGGAAUAUUCAUGACAGCUGAUGCAAGUAUUUCCAUUCAACCUCUAUAUCCACAAGUGUGCCAAAAAAGAGAAGUUUUCCAGAAGCCAGUAGACUGUCUAGGACCAACAGAUCUCUCAUAUGAAAUGAAUUCAAUUCCAUGUGCAUUAUCACUUAAACGAGAUGAACCCUUUCCACUGUAUCGUUUGAUAAUGGAAGCUCGGCAUUUUGUCGCCGCAAUUUGGAAUUCUGGUCAGUUUUGGUUGUGCUGCUGUGUUGCUUUGAGUUUAAUGCAAGUAUUAUCAAUAGUAAUAAUGUUACCAGGACUUCUCACUACAGGCCAAGUCUUGUGGUUUUCUUGUAUAGUUAUACCUACGAUAAGCAUCACUCUAAUGUUUAGGCCGCUAGAUCCUGAUAUAAUGAAAAAACCCCAGGGGAAGAUUCAAGCAGUACCUCACUGGGAUGUAGCAGUUUUCAUUCUUUGGUGUUAUGGAUCGAAGUUUCUAACAACUUUAGUGGUGGUCCUGGUCUCUUAUGUCUCAAUUCUGACUAGUCACUGUGAUCAAAUUUGUGUGGUACUUGGAAACUGCACGUGUGCCUUUUAUUAUAAUCCUGUCAUACUGACCGAAUCUGUUUCAAUGGGAGGAUGGGACGAAAAUGAAUGGACUCUCUUGAUAUCUAGACUGAUUAUCAGCUUUUUAAUUUUAUUGCAUUUUGUUGUGAUUUCCAUGGGAUUCAUCCAUAGGAACCAUUUGGUAUUUCAACGAUCUCCACAUAAAAACCUUUACUGGUUAACGACAGUUUUCAUCUUAAUACUUGUACAAUCUAUCUAUACAAUGGUAGUGUAUAACAGUGUAAGGGCCACUCAAGAAGAUUUUAAGGAGUUUGACAUUCCUCUUUGGGUUAUAUUAUUUGCAGCUGUAUCGCCAUUAGCUGUUUGUAUAGUGAAUGAACUAGUUAAAAAACAUGAAAUCAGGGUGAAUGAGAGGUUUUUAAAACGAGCUCGUUUAGACUUUGGAACAAAAUUGGGCAUGAAUUCACCAUUUUGAAAAUGGGAGAUUAAUGAAACGGGAGGUAAAUGCAUCAUCAUGUCAGCAGAUAUCAUGACAUAUGAAGUUUACUUCUUGAGGUUUGUCUACGUUGUUCCUUGAUUUUCUAUAAAAAGUCUUUCACUGCCUUUAACAUUGAAUGAUAAUUUGAAAAUUUUGCGUUGAAGAAUCAGAAAAAAAGACUUUGAUAUUAUGAAACAGAUUAUUUCAUCAGUUCGGACUUCCAUUGUCUAAUAUAAUAUAAAAUGAUUUGAAAUCCCUGAAAGAA